UAAAUUGGCGCUGUUAGCGCUUCUAUUCAGCGUUUUUUUUUAGUUCUGAUACUGAAUUUGGUUGUCUUUAGGCCUAAGUGUAAACCCCAGAAUGUCGAAAGAUUUUUAUCUGAGAUAUUAUGUUGGUCACAAAGGAAAAUUUGGACAUGAAUUUUUGGAAUUUGAGUUUCGCCCCGAUGGAAAGUUACGGUAUGCCAACAACUCCAAUUAUAAGAAUGACACAAUGAUCAGGAAAGAGGCUUAUGUCCACAAGUGUGUCAUGGAAGAACUGAAGCGAAUAAUUGAAGACUCUGAGAUUAUGCAAGAAGAUGAUGCUUUGUGGCCUCAGCCUGACAGAGUUGGAAGGCAGGAAUUAGAAAUUGUUAUGGGAGAUGAACAUGUCUCUUUUACCACUUCAAAGAUUGGUUCUCUAGUUGAUGUCAACCAAAGCAAAGACACUGAAGGUUUACGUUGUUUUUACUACCUUGUUCAGGACCUGAAAUGUCUUGUAUUUUCAUUGAUUGGACUUCACUUUAAAAUUAAGCCUAUCUAAGCUUGAAGUUUUUCAUGUACACAACCAUUUAUUUUAUAUUAAACAUUUAGCUUCUUUAUCCUGAA